AUGUAACUUGCUUAAAGUCUUGACAAAGAAACCUUAUCUCUUUUCAUUUGAUGUUUCGUCUAUUGUAAGUCAUUAGGCGUUGUAUUUUCAUAGUUUUCCAAAAAGACAUUGCCUUCAACUUCUCUUACCAUUUUCCAUCUCUCAAGCUCGUCUCUGAUGGCUUCUCCUUCUUCUGGUACGUCUCGCAGGGACAAUGAAGCACAUAUGACGGAGAAGAUUGCAAAAGAUGUUUCAGAUAAACUAAAGGCUACAGCGUCUAGAGAUUUUCAUGUCAUGGACAUGGUGGUACCUGAAAUGCAGUCUGCGUUAGAUUUAGAUAAAAAAGAAGCUCUUGAGAAAAGCCUGGAGGCUUUGGAGAUGGGAUUUCAAGCCCUAAAUGCAAUGAGAAAUGAGCUGCUGCAAAGAGUGUAUAAAGAAGAGGGCAGAGGUCUACAAGUGCUAUCAGAAGUCAAAAAGUGGAUUUCAGAUGUCGAAGAGAUUGAAUCCAAGGCUAAUCCUCUGCUUGAUAAGAGUAUCUCGGAACUUCAUAAGUGAUCUAAGUCUGAAGAUGAAUCCCAUAUCUCUGAACCAACGUCAAAUCAUUACAGUGAAAUGGUACACAAGAGGUUGAAAGAAGUUGAAACCCUCAAAACUAAAGAGUUUUCUGAAUUGGCGGUUGACAGAGCUCCUCUGCUUCAUGUGAGGAAGAUCCUGCCACUUCAACCAACUCUUGAUAAGGUUACGUUAGAAACUAAAUGUUUGAGCCCAGAAGAAUCAUGGGAUCUAUUUCAAGAGAUAGUUGGAGAAGCCACGUUGACAAGUCAUCCAGACAUACCCCAGCUCGCAAGAAUAGUUGCUAAGAAGUAAGAAAUGUGGUGGUUUUUGUUUUGCUCUUUAUCUCAUCGGUGUGACCAUGUCAAGCAAAAGAACGACAAGGGAGUGGUACCAUGCAAUUCAUGUUUUGGUUUCAUCUGCAGCUGCGUUUUCUGAUAUGAAAGAUAAGAUUCUCCCAGUUUUAAAGUUUUCAUAUGAUAGUCUGCCUCGUGAGAAUAUCAGGUUAUGCUUCUUGUAUUGUGCUUUAUUUCCAAAAGGUGGUGUUACAAAUAAACAAGGGUUGGUCGACUGCUUGAUCGGCGAAGGAAUUAUUGCAGAUGAAGAAGAUAGAGAGAUAGUUGAGAUCAAGGGUUAUGAGGUGAUUGAGACUUUGGUUAAAAUGUUUUUGUUGAUGGAGGAUGAAUCUGGAUAUGGUGUAAAGAUAGUUCGGGAAAUGGCCUUGUGGAUAGCAUCUGAUUUCGGGGCGAGAGAAUACAUCAGAUGCCAGAGGUCAAUGAUUGGAGAAUGGUUAGAAGGAUGUCGGUGACAUCUACUCAUAUUCAGAAUAUAUCGGUUCUCCCGACUGUCCCAAGCUUACGACCCUGUUCCUCAAAGAAAACAACAACUUGAAAUGGAUCUCGGGUGAUUUCUUCCGGUGGAUGAAAAGUCUUUUACUAUUGGAUCUAUCUAAUAAUAAAGAACUUGCUGACUUGCCGGAGGAAGUUUCUUGUCUGGUUUCUCUGCAGUUUCUCAACUUGUCAUUUACAUCGAUAACAAGGUUGCCGCUUGGUCUGAAAGAGCUCAAGAAGUUGAUACACUUGGAUCUUGAGCACACAUCUAAGCUCAAAGAAAUUGAGGUGAUAGCAGGUUUAUCGAGUUUGCAAGUACUACGGUUAUUCUGGUCCUUUCCUAUGGAUCUCGGAUUAAUGGAGGAUUUACUAAUUUUUAAAGGUCUAAAAGAGUUGAGUCUAACCGUGGAAGAAGAUGCUGUUUUGCAGCGGUUACUAAGUGACAACCAGUUGGCAAGUUGUAUCCGACGUUUACAUCUCAACGGAUUUACAAUAACCAAUGGAGGGAUAUUAUUGCUAAAAUCUGCGUCCAGUAUUCGUAACUCAGUAUCUCGGGAUGUAAUUUCCCGAAGAUAACCACUGAUAGGAGAAGCGCCCUACAUUUUAGCAACAUUGAGCCGUUGUCCGAAACUGAGAAGGCGUCCUGUCUACUCGGACAUCGAUAAUGGAAUUCGAUGGGAUCUUGUUGAUGAACGGGAGGAAGAAACUGUGGAGACUCCGCGUUGGCAUGACAAGAGAGUGAUCUCUGCAGUCGGAGCUAUAGGUGAUAAGUACAUAACAAUAGAACUUAGACCACCAUUAUCGGUAGUAACAGUUGGCGUUACUCAAUAUAAUGUAUUUUAAUGAUUUUUUAAAAAUAUUAUGAUAUAUUUAAAUAAUAAAUUAAUAUAAAAAUACUGACCAAUCAUAAGCUGUUAAACUAUUGAGGAAUGUUCCUUC